CUGGGAGUUAGUUAAUACAUCCACUAACGACAAUGAUACCUUUAACAAAAACUUAAAAACAGAGAAAUACUACAAUGAUACAUUACAGGCAAUAAUAACAAAAAAUGAUGCACUUUUUCCAAAUACAACGCCUCGAUUUCAAAGCAAAGUCUCUAUUUUAAGGAACUUAACUGAAAUUAUUAAAAAAUAUUCUCAAAAUACUACCGAUAAACCAUUGAAACAAACAGAAAGUACUGAAAAACCUGAGGAACGUCAUGGUACCAAUAAAAUGACAGGAUCGGUUGAAGUGGUUCUUGAGGAUGAAAUUCAAACUACUACUGCAAAUGUCAUUACAUUAUUACCAGCUAAAUCUAAUUUAAGUGGAAACCGCCCGCUGAGACCGCGACCAAAAAUAAAAUCAACAUCACAAAACACAAAGGAGAGUUUACGAAGCUUCAUUAACGGUGAUUUAAACACACAAAAAAUAAAUAACGGUCUUAGCACAGAACAUUAUGAAGCUGUUGACUCACAUAAUUCAGAAAUUAUAACAUACUCUCCACUAGCUGAAGCGGAAACUGUAGACGUAUUUACAACAGUCGCUGAUAGUAUGAGAGUAACAUCCGAGAAUGUUCCAAGUAAUAAUCGACUACCUAAAAAAAGCGAAGAUUUGAAUUCUGAAGAUUCAAACAACAUUCAAGUGACGAAUGUACCUGAGGGUACAUAUAGAGUCUCUUAUCAUGUAACGGGAAGCGUAAGCAGUAAACAGGCAAAUAAGACACAAAGUUUGCCUGCAUACGAGCUUGCUCUGGAACCAGAUGUAGUAUUAGAAAUCCCAUACAACCAAUCUAAUACGUUAACGAUAGACAAACUCAAACAACUUGCUAGUUUAGCAACUAUAUCCGAUUCCAAUAAUAAUACUUUGUUUCGGUCGCCUGGGGGAGUUAUAUCCACGAAGGCUAUCCCAUCGAGCUAUACACUAAACCAGGCUGGAUUUAAGAUAUUAACAAAAACAUAUAACAAAGCUCCACCAUCUAAAGAAGAAGAAAAUGGGCUUAGUAAACCUGAAAAAACAUAUAAUAAAUCAAGUUUUGUGAAUAAAGUAACAGUAGAAAAGGACUACACAAAAGAAAUUGUUAAAGAGCAAUGUGACAAUGCAACAUCAUUUCGGUGUACAUCUGGUUCCUGCUUACCACUCACGUCUCGAUGUAACCGACUAUUAGACUGCCCUAAUGGAGAAGACGAGCAUGCUUGUACUUGCGCGGACUACUUGCGAGCAGAGUUUUCACAGUCUAAAAUUUGUGACGGAAUCGUCGAUUGCUGGGACUAUACGGAUGAAAAUAAAUGUGAGUGGUGCGAAGAAGGACAAUAUGUUUGUGCAAAUGCGAAACAAUGUGUCGAUAAGAAUCGUGUAUGUGAUGGAAAUCCAGACUGUCCGCUUGGCGAUGAUGAAAAAAGUUGUGUUGCUCUUGCUGAUGAGUUAGAGGACAACGAAGUCAUCCCAUACAACGAAGAAGGUUUUGUUAUGGUGCGGAAACGUGGUGUAUGGGGUCGCCUGUGCGUAGACAGUUUCGCGGACGUGGUAGAUGAAGCUCAUAGUUCAUUAAAAUUACCUGAUUUAGGAAAAGCUGUUUGCCGAGCUAUGACAUAUCAUGACUCACCAUGGACCAGAGAAGCGCGGGAAGGUCGCAAAGCGAGUUCAGUGGGCUACUGGGAGGUAUGGCACAACGCUGAGGCACGUGCCGCUGAUACAAGACUUACCUUCCGUCGGGCAACCUGCACAAAACGACGAGCACUACGCGUACGUUGCAAGGAUCUCGACUGCGGCAUCAGACCACACGCUGAUGCUCAGCAACCUAGGGUAGUGGGCGGCGGCGGAGCAGCAGCAGGCGCGUGGCCCUGGCAGGCGGCCUUGUACCGCGACGGAGACUUCCAGUGCGGGGCUACACUCAUUGCUGAUCAAUGGCUGUUGUCGGCUAGUCAUUGCUUUUACCAGGCAACAGAAGCACAUUGGGUGGCACGUUUAGGCGCACUGCGUCGCGGGGCUUGGCCUCGCGGUCCUUGGGAGAGGGUCGCUCGCGUGCGGCAAGUAGUGGUUCACCCUCGAUACGCGCCACGAGGUUUCCGUAACGAUAUCGCGCUACUGCGAGUUGAUCCACUACAAUUACACGCCCGUUUGCGACCCGCAUGUCUCCCACCACUGAGGGCGCAACCGCCCGCAGGCAGACAUUGCACUGUCGUUGGCUGGGGGCAACUUUACGAGCACGAAAGAGUCUUUCCGGACACCCUGCAGGAAGUAGAGCUACCUGUAAUCUCGACAGCGGAAUGCCGACGUCGCACGCGGCUCCUACCAUUGUACCGCGUCACCGAGGACAUGUUCUGUGCAGGAUAUGAGCGAGGAGGCCGUGAUGCCUGCCUGGGCGACUCGGGCGGACCACUCAUGUGCCAGGAGUCUGAUCGCUGGUACAUCUACGGGGUCACUAGCAAUGGGUACGGAUGCGCCCGCGCCAACAGACCUGGCGUCUACACUAAAGUGUCGAACUAUGUAGAAUGGAUUGACACCGUAAUGUCAACGCACACGCCGAAAAAGAACCAUACGCGAGUAGACAGCGGCGAUUACGAAGACGACGACUUCUACGCUGACUUAGAAGCCGCAGAAAACAGACGAGCGACCAGAAUAGACACCUGCAGAGGAUACAGAUGCCCGUUAGGGGAAUGUUUGUCUCUUUCCAGCGUGUGUAAUGGAUUUUUAGAAUGUUCCGAUGGCAGCGACGAGUGGCAAUGUGACAAAAAGAACAAUACGAGAACACAUAGCCCAGAUUAAAAAAAAUCGUAGUUUAAACUACUUAUUCGCCAGUACGCACGUCGUAGAAUAAAAAAAAUAAAUCCGACUGAUAUUUUUAAGUAGAUAAGGAUUUAGGCAUAUCAAUUUUUAGUAAUUAAGCGAAUCAUUUGUAGUAAUUAUUUUCCAAAUUUACAGAUUUCAUUAUUACGAAUAUUGAAAAAUCUUUCUGGGAGAUUUUGCCAUACCGCGAUGUAUCUUGCAGUAGUAUCUGGGACUUGUAAAUAUAGCUGUAAUAAAAUGCCUAGACAAUAUUUCGUUGCUGCAUUGACAAUUCUUAUCCAAAUGUAUUUAUUGAAACACAAUGGAUGACCUUUUCCGUUUAAAUUACUUACCAAUAUGUAAAAUUUUUGAAUGGACGAUGUAAUCCAUGAAAAUUAUGAAAUAAUAAAAAAAUAUCUCAAUUUGUGUAUUCUAUUGAUGUACCACCACCUACAUAUACGUAAAAUAAUAUAAUUAGAAAUGACACACCCUUUUUCUUAUAAAUUACUUUAAUAUCUCGACAAAUAAAUUAACAAAAUGCAAAACUGUAAUACAAUAUUAUAUUCAUCGAAAUAAAAUUUGCAUAAUAAAUAAUUAGAAUGCUUAUUAGAGAAAUCACGAAUAACAUUACAAUUAUUGGAAUACGAAAUGAAAUUGACUAAUUAAUACUUCAAAUCAAUAAAAGACAAAAAUAAUUCUCAUAAAAUAAGACACUUCUAUUAAUUAUAAUAAUAAAUGAAUGUUUACAUGAAUAAAUGUAUUAUAAGUUAUUUGUUAGUAUGAAAUAAGCAUAAGAAAAGAUCGAGAACCUCGCUUGUAAGACGAGAGGGGUUUUAUAAAAUCACUUAAAUAUUACAGACAGCGAGUCGAGAAAGCAAUCUUUUAAAAUUGAGACAAUCACACGCCUUACAACUAACUUAACUAAUCCCGUACCUUAUGGUACUCCAUAGGUUGCGCAUACUCAAGAAAUGUCAAAAAUUAAAAAUCUCAAAAAAACGUGUAUGUAAGGAACAUGUUUACAUAAACGAUUUGAAGGCCUGUAAAUACACGAGUUAUAUAUUAGUUAUCUCUACGUCAUUAUUAAAGUUACAUUUUUUAAAUACUAAGAUCGAGUGAAAUGAGCAGAAACGAAAUGUUAACGAUGACAAAAUGGCGUCGAACCCGAGAACAGAACGCCAAUUACAGUUGCCGAAUUAUAAAAUUUGUGCUUCCAACGAGAUACGAGAGGCGAGCCGCAACAGUGGACUAAUAUUGAACUAGACCGUGCAAAAUAUAUUUUUUCUUAACAGUAAAUUUAAAAAACACACUCGCCUCGAAUUAUUAUUAAUUAAUUCUAAGCGCUUGCAAAUUCCACGCAAUCGUGCUCACAAUCAAUGUUAAUAUCUGAAAUUGAAUGAAAACGGUUGGAUGGAAUAUGCAAGCGAGUUAAUAUAAACUUCUACGUUAAUAAUCGUGUCUGUCUUCGCUUCGUACAAUCAACAGCACAUUAAUUAAUUAAAAAACCGAUAAAUUUCUCCAAAUAGAUUUUAAAUGUUGAUAUAUAUAAUUUGAACUUUUAAAAUCGAUUGCAGAAACUUGAUAAUUUGUAAUAUGUGUUGCUGUAUUGGAUUAUAUACUUUAUAUAUAAAUAAAUUGAGUAUAUGAAAGAGAGGAGUGAUUUUUAACUUACGUAUAUUUAACACCGUUAAUAAUAUACGGUACGCUGAAAUUCAAAUUGAUCUUAAAAAUACCACCCCCAAAUUUGGUGUUACUGUUUUUAAACUACAAUUGUUUUUGCUUCGAAGCGAAGACGGAACGAAAAGCAUGCAUAGGAGUCCAGAAAAACUAUCUAAGCAAAUGUGAAUUCCCGGGCGCAAGUAUUUAUGGAGUGGGGCGGUUAGCCCUUGUUCUCUACCGGGGUGGUGGUCAGCCCGGCCGCUCCCUUCAACACAGUCUUGAACUGUUCCGGUAUGGGAUGCUCAGUCUGGAAGAGAUACAUCUUAUUUAUUCUGCUUGUUUUCAAUUAUGAAAAAUUGGGCUUCAAUAAUACUACUUUUGACUUAAAUUACAAUUAAAU